GUUGUGGGCAGCAGCUUGUUAUUAGCCGGUUAGCUAACUAUUGAAGUGUACGCUCUUCUUUAUUUCCCAAACUUAACAUUUUUACUUUUUCUAACCCGGAGAGAUGGAUGUUGGAGAGCUCCUGAGCUAUCAGCCUGAUAGAGGAGCAAAGCGUCUAAGAGAGGAGGAUGGAGGAGCAGCUGGUGGAGAGGAGGACUCCAGAGGAGGGAAGCACCAGAAGGGUAUGAGUGUCAGGGAGUUGAGCAGACUCAGAGAAGCAGGAAUAGGAGUGGAAGGAGGGAUGGAGAUGAGGGAGACCGAUGACCUGGGUGGGGAUAAGAAGAAGAUCCUGGAGAAGCUGAUGGACCAGGAUGAAGAAGAACCUGAGGCUGAGCCAGUGGAUGAGAGUUCAGUGAAGAAAAUGAUUCUGACCUUUGAGAAAAGAUCAUACAAAAAUCAGGAGCUUAGGAUAAAGUUUCCGGACAACCCAGAAAAGUUCAUGGAGUCGGAGCUGGAUCUGAAUGACAUCAUCCAGGAGAUGCAUGUGAUUGCCACAAUGCCAGACCUCUACCACUUACUGGUGGAGCUCAAUGCUGUGCACUCACUGCUGGGCCUCCUCAGUCAUGAAAACACUGAUGUUGCCAUAGCAGUGGUGGAUCUGCUACAGGAGCUGACAGAUAUCGACACGCUCCACGAGAGCGAGGAGGGCGCUGAGGUGCUCAUAGAUGCUCUGUUGGAGGUUCAGGUGGUAGCCUUGCUGGUGCAAAAUAUGGAGCGGCUGGAUGAACAGGUUAAAGAGGAGGCUGACGGCAUCUAUAACACACUGGCUAUCAUAGAAAAUAUGGCAGAGUUCAGACCAGGCCUCUGCACAGAGGCAGCUCAGCAGGGACUAAUGCAGUGGCUGCUCAAGAGAAUCAAGGCCAAGAUGCCGUUUGAUGCUAACAAGCUGUACUGCAGUGAAAUCCUGGCUAUCUUGCUGCAAAACAAUGACAAUACCAGAGAACUACUGGGAGAGAUGGAUGGCAUUGAUGUGUUACUGCAGCAGCUCUCUGUGUUUAAACGCCAUAACCCGUCCACAGCUGAGGAGCAGGAGAUGAUGGAGAACCUCUUCGACGCGCUGUGUUCCUGCCUCAUGCUGCCAGCCAAUCGGGACCGCUUCCUCAGAGGGGAAGGACUUCAGCUGAUGAAUCUCAUGCUUAGAGAAAAGAAACUUUCUCGAACCAGUGCCAUGAAGGUCCUGGACCAUGGGAUGAUUGGACCGGAGGGAGCGGAUAACUGCCAUAAAUUUGUGGACAUUCUGGGCUUGCGAACCAUCUUUCCACUUUUCAUGAAAACUCCCAAGAAGAUGAAAAAAACCGGAGCUUCAGAGAAAGAGCAUGAAGAGCACGUCUGCUCCAUCAUCGCCUCCAUGCUGAGAAAUCUCAAGUCCCAACAGAGAAGCAGACUCCUCAAUAAGUUCACAGAGAACGACUGUGAGAAGGUUGAUCGACUGAUGGAGUUGCAUUUUAAGUACCUGGAGGCUGUUCAACAGGCUGACAAGAGGAUCGAAGGAGAGAAACAUGAGAUGGUUCGCCGUGGGGAGAUCCUGGAUGACAGCAUGGAGGACGAGUUCUACCUUCGCCGCCUAGACGCCGGACUGUUCGUCCUUCAGCUGAUCUGCUACAUAAUGGUGGAGAUCAGCAACUCAGGGAUACCACAGCUGCAGCAGAGGGUCCACCAGAUUCUCAACCUAAGAGGGGGCUCUGUCAAAGUAGUGCGCCACAUCAUGAGAGAGUACGCGGAGAGCAUCGGGGAUGGGAAGAGUGAUGAGUUCAAAGAGGCUGAGCGGAAGAGGAUCAUGGACCUUGUAGACAGUUUCUAAUAUCUUUUCACAUACACACACACACACACACACACGCACACACGCAAACAAUAUGUUCUUACACAUGAGAACAUUCAAACCCCAUAGUUCUGAUUCGGAACGGUUAGGGACCAUGAUCUUAACUCAGUCUAAGAACUCAGUG